AUGGCUUCUACCGUGGCGUCGCGCGCCGGCGCCCCGUCCCGGGUGGUCGGGCGCUUCCGCGUCACUCGCACGCGCACGCCCUCCGCGCGCCACGUCCUGCACCCCGCGCCGCAGGCGCGCAGGGCCGCGAGCUUCCGCUGCCGGGCAGAGCAGGAGAAGGCCGAGAAGGAGGAGGAGGACGAGCACGAGGUGGAGGUCGUCGAGGAGGAGGCCGCCGAGGGCGAGGAGGCGGCAGAGGAGGAGACUCACAUCACUGGAUUCACUGCCCAGAUCGAGACCGCGCGCGAGGCCCUGGCCGCGCACGACAUGGAGGUUCUGGAGGCGUUCAUCGACCACGCGGCAACCGAGGUGGGCGACCUGCGGGAGUCCAGCGCGGAGGCGGAGGCCAAGGCUGCGCUGGCGGAGUCGCAGGCCACGACGCUGCAGAACCAGUACCUGCGGCUGCAGGCCGACUUCGAGAACUUCCGCCGCCGCUCGCGCGACGACGCCGCGCGCGCCAAGGACGACGCCGCGGGCAAGGUCGUCGAGGAGCUGCUGCCGCUGAUCGACUCGUUCGAACUCGCGCGCCAGCAGGUCAAGGUGGAGAGCGAGGCGGAGGAGAAGAUCAACAAUUCGUAUCAGGGGAUCUACAAACAGAUGGUGGACAUCUUCCGCAAGCUGGGGGUCGAGGCCGUGCCGACGACGGGCGAGGACUUCGACCCCGAGAUGCACGAGGCGAUCAUGCGCGAGCCCCGCGACGACGUGCCCGACGGGCAGGUCAUAGAGGAGUUCCGGAAGGGCUUUAUGGUCAACGGCAGGCUGGUGCGCGCCGCCAUGGUCAAGGUCGCGUACAACGACGCCGCGCCCGCGCCGUCGUCGGACGAGGAGCCGAGCGACGACGCGGAGUAG